AGCAGUCGGUGUAUUUUGUAACAAUAACAAAGAGGCUAAGAUAAUGGUUGACUUGAAUAUAAUGAAAGAGCCUGCAAGACAUGCAUAGAAUGCAGUGAAUUACAUUUCUAUGGCGCGAGCAUUCAAAGUUCAACAAGUAUUUCAGGAAUUGCAAAAUGAUAACAAAUAUAAUGAAAGUUGAGAAUAAACAAUGAAAACAUUGUGAAUCCUGCCAUUUGCUGUGGUGGUUGCUAAGGAGAAUGUUUCUCCGUUGCUGCCUCGAGUAGGAAAUGAAACAUCAGCGGUCACUGAUCAACGCAUCUAUAUCAGGACCGAAUAUGGCAGCCGGUUGCAUUGUGGUGCCUCUCAUCAUACCGAUUCGAAUCCCACCUCCUGGUAAAGCCAAGCAUGAGAUAGACACCACAACUCCUGUUGAGCUCAAAUCAGAUACCCCAGAUGUCACUAUCUACUACACUCUGGAUGGUACUAAACCAGAGGUGACGAAGAGACCAGGGUUUGGAGAGAACAGCACUUUGAAGUAUAGCGGACCAAUACGCUUACCUGAGGGCAAAGUGUCAGUCAAAGCUCUGGCUAUCACCAGGGAUGGUCGAGAGAGUGCCAUUGUCACCAAGCUAUUUCUGGUGGAGUAUGUGCCCUCAAACGAGCCACCUUCCAUUGAGGACAAGGAAGAUAACUUUCUGAAGGAGUACGAACGAGACCUCCCUAGACAGGAGAUGGGGACAGCGAACGGUUCUGGAGAUGCCUCACUGAAGCUUCAAGUGCCAAAGACCUACUGGCCCCCUAAAGGUCCACGGUUCCUCAGCAGCCGUCUAGGGCUUGUGUCCCCUGCUCCGGAGCCCAUGUCUUCACAUCGUUCUCAGACACUGAAUGCAAGCUUGGAAGACAGUCCCUUCAAAAACCUAACCAGCACUCAAAUGUCAAGAAUCCAAAGGGAGACAGACUUUCUGAGGUGUGUGAAGUGCUUGAGCCAUCGCCCCUCAGACCCCUUUGCCCGCUUUUGUCUGCAGUGUGGCACCGCUGUGCUGCCUGUGCCAGGCCAGAGGCUGCCACCCACAGAGGGUGGACAGAUGGGCUUGUGUGUCCACUGUAAAACAAUGGUGCCUGUCAACACCCCCACAUGUGUGGUAUGUGAGGCCCCCAUGAGCCCCCAGCUCCAGCCUCAGGCCAGCUUAAGACUCCAGAACAAGGUGAUCUGUCCGUCAUGUGGAACCGGAAACCCUCCGCAUAUCUCAAAUUGUGUCACCUGUGAAACUAAACUACUGCAGCCACCCACUGCUGUUUUUGGUGGUCAGAGUGCCCCGCCACUUCCAUCUGGAGCAGGCAAGAUGAUGUCCUGUUCUAAGUGCAGCCGGGUCAACCACUCGGAUGCACGCUUCUGUGACUGGUGCGGUUCCAAGCCUGGCCAUUCAGUCAGCUGUUUGAUCUGCUCCCGGUGCGGAGCGAGCAGCCACCCCUAUGCCAACUUCUGUGGCUCCUGUGGGGUGUUUCUCGAGGGGCCACCUAGGGGGGAGUCACGUGCCAGCCUUGCCUAUUCCAUGGGGGGGAAACUGGAGUUGGAGCGAAUGUCCACUCACACCUCUGACGGUGCCACUGCCACCUGGCAGGCUGUGCCCUCCUCCGUUUCCCCCGGUGUGGCGUUGGCCCUGGCACCAGCACGGGCGGACCAGCAGACUCAGACGGUGGGCUUGUUCUACCCGUCGGGCACUGAAGUCCACAGGAAGGGCCAGCAGGUGGCGCUGGAGCUGAGGAGACAGGAGCAGAUGAGGGACCGCAGACCACUGCUCACAGCUAUAAGCCCAGGCAGAGGGUACUGGAGGAAGCAGCUGGACCAUGUGUGUGCUCACCUGCGCAGCUACACUCAGAACAACACUGACUUUCGAGCUCUCAUAGGGGAGCCUCGCAUGGGCCGGAUGGUUUCAGCUGUGAUCCAGGAGGACAACUAUGAAGUCAGUUUGAGGAUCAACUUUGUCUCUGCCGGACUUGAAAAAACUAAGUCCUGUCAGUUAGACGGGACUGAGAAGCCCCUUAUCCUAUCAGAGAACCAGAACCUCAGCAGUGUGACGGAAGGCAUGAGCGGCCUAUCAGCCAGACAGACCAGCCUGGGUGAGAAAGGGAGUGAGAACGCUACCUCAAAGUCUGCAGCUUCCAGGAGAACAGUGAAAAACCUCAGUCAGAGCUGGACCUCUGACGUUGCACAGAAACCGCCUCCAUCCAAAGACAGUCUGCUUCUGAGGGAAGUUGGCCCAGACGGGAGGGGGGAGAUCUCUGUGGUCCAGCAACUGCUUGAUGUGGGUGCAGAUCCCUCAUGCCAGGGGUGCGAUGGGCACCCUGCCCUGGUUGUUGCUGUGCUGCACGAGCACCACGAGGUCCUCCCUGUGCUGGUACAAAGGGGAGCUGACGUCAACCUGCAGUCUGGGCCGGUGAACAACACCGCUCUGCAUGAGGCUGCUGCUCUUGGGAGUAAGGGCUUACGGUGUGCAGAGACACUAUUAGGAUGCAACGCCAGCAUUCGGAAGAAGAACGACAGAGGUCUGACGGCCUAUGACUUGGCGGUCACUUCAGAUUGCAGCCCUUUGGUGUCUCUACUAGCUGCUAAGAUGGGUCAGGGCAUGCUAGACAGACUGGUCAAACCCAGGACUCACCCAAGCCUAGAUGCAUUCUAAUGACAAGAGAGAAUUGUGUGCGGCCCCCAAAUGGCACCCUAUUCCCUAUAGCGCACUGCUAUGGGCCCUGCUCAACAGUAGUGCACUGAAUAGGCAACAGGGUCCCAUUUGGGAUGCACCCUUUUCUCCAUGGUGGCCUUAUUUUCUGAAUUGACCCUUCAUCAAUUAUCUUGAAUCUCUGUUAAUCAAUUAUAAUUUCCAGAAAUGUGAUUGAUAAGGAAUUUACCCCAACUUUAUGUACUGUAGUGCUACAAACAUCUACAACUCUUUGAGGAAAAACACCCAUUUCUUGUAAAUUGCUAAUUUGUUAAUACCAACAAAA